AUGCCACCAACACUCCACCUCGUGCGUCACGCCGAAGGCUUCCACAACUCCGCCUGGCACGGCGAAGCCAUCCACGACCCUCUUCUCACCGAGAAAGGAGAAGCCCAAUGUGCCGAACUCUGCAAAAACUUUCCCUACCACGACAGAAUCGACAUGCUUAUGGCUUCUCCAAUGAAACGCACAAUCCAAACCUGCAAAUUCAGCUUCAAACCUGCAGUCGACAAAGGCUUGCCGAUCCUGCUUAUGCCACUGGCGCAAGAAAGCAGUAAUGAACCUAUGGAUACAGGUUCCUCUGUCUCCGAAAUCAAGUCUACAUUCGGCGAUUUAGUAGACGAACACCGCAUUGCCUCCGUCUAUCCCCAUUGGACUUCCAACUGUGGACGUUUCGAUACGGAUCCAGAGACCAUGAUGGAUAGAGCUAAGAUGCUCAGACGGUAUAUCAGAGAUAGGCCAGAGGCGAAUAUUGUUUUGGUUAGUCAUGGCACUUUUGCACAUGCAUUGACGGGAAAUUUCACGCAAGAGGGAGAACAGACGACACGCAUGUGGGAAAAUGCAGAGUGUAGGACUUAUACGUUUGGGGAUGGGGAUGAGGCGGAAAUCAUUGAGACUGAGGAGAGCAAGAAACGACGACCGAGUUUGGAGAUUAGUUCUGGGGAGGAAGGCGAGGAGUAG